GCCAACUGUCAGUUUUGCCGUCAAUUGUCAAUUUGAUGUUUCCCAGCUUAAUUCCCACGUGUUUUUGGUCGUAUUUCUUUAGAUAUAUAUUCAAUUAUUGAUUGAAUUGGCUUAUUUUAUCAUAAUAUUUUUAUAAUGGCUGUAAUACAAAGGAUAAAGAAACCAACUACACGUAAAGGAAAGAAAGCACUUCUAGCGAAGGAACCUAAACCAAUUGAAGGCCCAAAACAAUGUUUAUUUAUGCAAGGGCGAAAUCCAUCAGAACGCACUAGGAAACUAUUAAAAGAUAUAUAUAAUUUGAAGAAACCGGACGCAGCAUAUCUUAGUCGGAAAAAUGAUUUCGUUCCCUUUGAAGAUGCUUCCCUCAUUGAGAAGUUGUGCAACAAAAAAGAUGCAGCAAUAUUUGGAGUUGGGUCACACAGUAAGAAAAGACCACACAAUAUUAUAUUUGGCCGGACAUUCAACUAUGGAAUAUUGGAUAUGAUUGAAUUAGGAGCAGAUAAAUAUAAGGCAAUGUCAGAAUUCCAAAACGUAAAAGUGCUGGCUGGUAUAAAGCCAUGUCUACUGUUCAAUGGACCCGCAUGGGACUUGAAUCAAGACUUAAAAAGACUAAAGUGUCUUUUUACUGAUUAUUUCCAUAGAGAAAAAGUAGAAACAAUCAGACUACAAGGCUUAGAGCAUGUGCUCAGUUUCACUGCAACUGACUCAGGGGAGAUCUAUUUCAGAUCAUACAGGAUAUUAUUAAAAAAGAGUGGUCAACGCACUCCCAGAAUUGAAUUGGAGGAAAUUGGACCAUCAAUAGAUUUCAAGCUGAGAAGGACCAAGUUAGCUUCUGACGAUCUAUACAAGGAGGCUUGUAAGAUACCUCGCGAACUGAAACCAAUCAAAAAGAAGAAUAUUUCAAGGGAUGCAUUUGGUUCUAAAAUGGGUCGUAUUCAUAUGGGCAAGCAGGAUAUUAACCGUCUGCAAACUCGCAAGAUGAAGGGAUUGAAAAAGACCCCUGAGGAAAGGAAACAGAUGUUGAUGAACAAGAAGAAGGCGAAAAAAGCAGCGAAAGCAGCUCAAAUUAAUGAUGUUGCAUAAAUAUAUUAUUUUAAUACAAUUU